AUGGAACUGAAUGUAAAAACAGACAUAAAAGAAUAUUUCUCAGAGGAAUGGGCCGACAGAAUGCCAUUUUUCAAAGAUGUAUUCAAGAGAUCACAUUUCUUGCAGAUAUUUUUGAUGCUGCACCUUUGCCCUCCCCACCCAGGUGCCUCAGGCUGCUUUUGUUAGCAGAGGACAAAGGUCAGGAAUGUGGUCAGCUACAUAGACACAAAAUGCCAUGAGCUAUUUAUCCCAGGUAGAGACAUUUGCAUAGAUGACAGCACCAUUGGCUUCAAAGGAAGGAUUAUCUUCAAGUGCUACAAUCCUCAGAAGCCUACCAAGUGGGGGAUGCGUGUGUUUGUUUUAGCUGACUGUGAAACUGGUUGUGUCUCUGCUAUUGUUCCUUCCUUACUUUGGCAGCCCAACAACAGACUCCCUGCUGAGACAUGCCGUUUUCAUCAAGAAUUGUUCUUCACCUGUGUGAAACAUUGCUGCAGACAACAAAUGGACAUGGCUUUCUUUCAUUUGUUUACAGACAGCUUUUACACAGGUUACGACCUGGCCAUGGAACUGCUAAAAAUAAAAAUCUAUCUUACUGGAACAGUAAUUGCCAGCCUUACAAAAACUUAUCAUGGCAAAACUGCAUGGUAAUUUUGUUACCAUUUUUCCAG